UAGCACCCACCAAUCCGCACUGGGCCCGCAUCGUGGAUCAUGGCCUAAUCUCCCAAUUCCAUCUAUACGGAAGGCUUUUGCCUGUGGCCCAACAAUGUGGACAUUAAUACGCUGAUAAUGAUGCUAAUAUGCUUUACUAAUUAAAGUUUUGAGGAGACCAGUCCAUCGGGCACAGUGUGCGUUCCUGAGGAGGCCGCGUGUAUUGGGGGCUACGCGCGCCUCUACACAGCCGUCCACCAAGCGUUCGAAGCGGAGCCGCACUCUCUGCUGCUGAACGGCGGCGACACCUUCCAAGGCACCAUCUGGUACAAUUUCCUACGCUGGAACGUCAGCUACCACUUCAUGAACCGAUUGCCUCAUACUGCGCAUGUACUAGGCAAUCAUGAAUUCGACCACGGAAUAGAGGGCUUGCUGCCUUACUUGGAGCGGUUGGAUGCACCGAUGUUAGGUGCUAACGUGAACACAACCUUCGAACCGCAACUGGGGCGGUAUGUCAAGAAUCACGUGGUCGUCGAAAGACAGGGCCGCAAGAUCGGCAUUAUUGGUGUUUUACUUAGAACCUUUUCGGCACCGAUCGGGCGAGUGAUCAUGGAGGAUGAGGUGCAGGCAAUUAACAGGGAGGCGGCCAUAUUGACCGAGCAGGAAGUCGACAUCAUCAUCGUCUUGUCACACGUCGGACUUACAACCGAUCUGUAUAUGGCAUCGGUGAUAUCUUCUGACGUAGACAUAAUAGUGGGCGCGCACUCUCACACUCUGCUGUACACAGGCACGCCCCCUAGCGGCGACCGGCCUGCUAGCGAGUAUCCUACUGUAGUCACCAGGACCGACGGGCACAGGAUUCCAGUGGUGCAGGCGUCAUGCUAUACGCGGUACCUGGGGAAUAUUAAACUGUAUUUCGACGACAAGGGUAAACUCAGAAGUUGGAAUGGGCAGCCCAUCUACUUAGGAUCAUCGAUUGUCCAAGAUCCUAAGAUAGUGUCAGAGCUGGAACCGUGGAAGCAAGAGGUAGACGCCGUAGGUCGGGUGGUGCUAGGAAGGUCCAAGGUCACACUGAAUAGGUCUUGGUGUACGCGCAGCGAGUGCAAUAUGGGCAGUUGGGCCUGCGAUGGAUUCCUACAGCACUUGAUGGUGAACGCUACAAGCCCCGCGUGGCACCACGCACACUUGUGUAUGAUCAACGCGGGCGGCCUGCGCGUGCAGAUCAACCCUGGAGAUGUAACGACGCAAGCGCUACUAAUGGCAAUGCCGUUUGAGAACUACGUGCAGGUGUACGACUUGAAGGGACAGUAUCUGCUGGAAGCGUUGGAGUUCUCAGUGGGGGUCAACCAGGAUACGCCCGGCAACUUCAAUAGCAGGCGGAUGCUGCAGAUUGGAGGCAUGCGCGUGGUAUACAACGCAUCGAUGCCGAUCGGCAGUAGAGUAGUAUCAGCACUUGUGCGAUGCAUCGAGUGCGACGUGCCGCGAUACGAGCCGCUCGAUACUAACGCCAUCUACCGUGUCGUCACGCAGAACUACAUCGGCGACGGUGGCGGCGGAUACACGAUGCUGUCCGACAACCGCGAGAACCUCGACACUCUGCCCGUGGACUAUGUGAUACUGCAGCAGUACAUGCGCGCCCAACAGGUGGUCACCAAAGACUUAGACGGACGGAUAACCAUCGUAUGGUGAUCGUUAAAUAAUAAUAGACGAGUAAGUCUGCUUUUCCACCACUGAUGAUAAGCUAUGUAGCGGGGCGAGUAAGAUGUGCUAUGAAGAUGCUCCGCCGCAAAGUAGCUGCGCUACUUUAACUAAUAUAAUUUCGUAUCCAGAAUCUAUGAUUUCUUUGUUGGAGUAAACAGAGGAACAACGAUUCAUCUUCCGCCAUGAGUCCUUCUUCGCACAUUGCGAGAUACAAAUAACUUUUUGCUUCCACGAUAGCAUGUCUACUUUCAGUGACAAACGCGGGCACUCUUCUCUUGAUAUAGGUACGCCACUUGCGGCCAUCAUAGCCCGCAUCCAGAACACGCAUCCAUAGCACGCAUCCUCCCAUAUAAAAAAAACAUAGCUUAGUUUUAAACUUUCAUGGUCACUAACAUUAUAGCUAUUAACGGGAUUGGUACCAUGUACCAUAUUUUUUAUGAGUUUCCAAAAUUUUAUAUCUUAUAUCUGUUAUAUCCGAGAUACUGUUGCAAGCGCCAUGAUCACGGAGUAAUGAAGUAAUUGCGGGUAGAUGUUAUUGGCAGAUAUAUCGGUCUACCCUCUGAAGUCGUCUUUUGCUGCGCUCGCUACCCCUACCAUUGGUCAUAUUAUCACUAUUCACUUGCACCUGUUCCCGACACACAAUACUCACAGUAUCCGAUCGCGGAACGACACUUUUUCGCGUUUUGCACAUACGAAUAACUUGAUUCCAGACACUUGAAAAUUUAUUUAAACCUCACUAUUGAAAUUUUUGUGUUUGGUUAUUUCAAUCGCUUCCUUGACCAAUGUUGGUAUGUUGGAACGCCACUACUACACGUAGUGGCGUUCUGUCGAAAUGAUUUGUGGAUUAUGGAGCUCAAUCCAGCGAUUAGGACCCGAAUCGAUUAAAUGUUUCGCGAUAGCUGAUUUUUGCGUAUCAUAUAUCGGAAACUCAUAAAAAACAAGGUGCAUGGUAAUAAUCCCCUUAAUAACUAUAAUAGCUUAGUUGAACCCGUUUCCCCUAGUGCUAUGCUAUGUGGACCAAUGAAUUUGAUUGGUGGAUAUCAAACGCAUCCACAGCAACGUAGCAUGGCACAUCUCUGGUGGAAAAGCAGCCUUAUGCUGCAUUUCCACUUAAGCUCAGCAGGUCUAUUCGCUAACUGGUUUUGACAGAUGGAAGUGAUAAUCACCGACCUAUUUAUUGAAAAGCAUGGAUGGAUACGCAAUUUUCUCUUUAGUUACACACUGUAAAUGCCAAAAAAGUUUGUGAAUAGGCCACCAAAACAGUUCUGCACGAGCAAACAUUUGCUCGCUCAGUAAAUGGGAACAUCAGAGCGAGCGAACGAGUUUGUUCGAAUGGAAACAACGCAACGGCGAACGAACACUUGCUUUGUUCGUUCCAUUUACAGAACGAACAAAUGGUUGCUCAUUUGGAACUGUUCUGAGCGCAAGUGGAAAGGAAGCACUAGAAACAUGUUGGCUGUGAUUUGUCUGUAUCCCCUAAUAAAACCCAAUUUUAUGGUCUGUCUUUUCUAUUCUAUUCCAGUAUUUACGGAAACGGGUGUUCCCUACUGCGGCCAAUGACAUAAAGUUUGUCAUAAAUAGCUUUUAGGGAUUGCAAUCCCGCAGCUCAUUCAAUUCCGCGGAAUUGAUAUGCGGAAUUACUGAAACCCGCGCGGGAUCCUCCGUCUUUGAAGUUGUUAUAAAAUCAAAUUGAAACUAGUUUUUUUGUGUAUAAAUCAACUUUUAUUAAACAUCAAAGAAAGAAAUAAUUUCUUUUGCUUCAUUAAGUAUAAAUUUAAUCUGUUUUCUAAGAUUCAUCUUUAAAUGUUUCGCAUAGUUUAAUUUCCUUUAUUCUCAUUUGUUCGAUCGUCGAACUAGUGAGAUUUUGUUUUCUCAUUAGUUCGGUAGUUGAACUACUGAGAUUUUAUUGUUCUCAUUUGUCCGACUGUCGUCGAACUUAUUUUCUUUAUUUAUCCAUUUUCAUUACCAGAACCUUUGAUUAGUUAUGUAUGGUCUCCUGGUAUUUUUUUCAAAAUAGUGAUUUUUAUAAAUGUUUAUUAAUAAUAAGCGCGGAAAGAUUCGUCGUCGUUUAAAGAUUUUAAUAUUUUUUUGGACUUUAAGCUAAGGAUAUACAAUUGAAAAUUAGAAGGUUACUUUAUUCAGAGAAAAAGAAUUAUCUCAUCACUUAUGUUACUGUUUGGACACACUACUAGAAAGUGAAAGCUUCCACUAAUUGAGGUUUACUGUUCAGAACGCUUUUGAGGGUCAGGUCAGCAUUCCAGAUAGUAUGUAAGUUCCUUGGGAUAGACUGACUGAAGGUGUGAAUCGCCAUGAAGAAAUAAAAAAACAAUAAAACUUUUAAUUGUCUCUCUCUAAUACGGGAGUAUAUCCUUUUGUCAAUUAUUGCAUCCAUAAACAUUUAUAAAAGCACUAUUUUGAAAAACGUACCAGGAGACCAUACGUAACUAAGAGGUUCUGGUAAGGAAAAUGGAUAAAUAAAGAAAAUAAGUUCGACGAAGGUCGACCAAAUGAGAGCAAUAAAAUCUCAGCAGUUCGACGAUCGAACUAAUGAGA